AUGGAGGAGCUGCUGACGAAACACCGCAAAGAGCAGAAAGAUAUGCAGAGCCGCAUCACUCAGAAAAAAAAGUCUGCUACCAAGAAGACACGCAAGGGAGUGAACGAUGACUGCGAGCGAAUGCAACGGGAGCUCACCGAACGGCAACAGUCUGAGAUUGCUCAACUAAAUGGUGAAUCACCAGAGGCUGUUGAGGAGGCCCUUGAAGAACUCGACAUAAACGAUGAGCCUCCAGCAGUUACAUCAAACGACGGUAAUGAACGCUCGACGGCGCAUACGAACACUCCCGAGUCCACCUCCGCGCCAUCGCCGGCCGAGUCCUCAACUACAAGAAAUAAGAAGCCCAAUCGCCAAAAAGCACGGCUCGCCCGUCGCGCUGCCGAGCAAGCCGCUCAAUCUGCGGCUGCGGCUGAAGAGGCUGCCAACCAAACCGACUACAGAGGCAAUGAACAAGAAGUCAUGAAUGCAGUCUUCAAGAAGCUCGGCUUAGAGGAAGUCGAGGUGACACCAGACGGACAUUGUCUCUACUCGGCAGUUGCAAAGCAACUAGACGAGUCGGGAGUCGGAUUACGCCCGGACCCCAGUCGUAUCGUUCUACAACCAUCCACUCAGACGCGAAUUGACACUGUCACGUCACCACAGCAUGACGGAUACCGUGCUGUCCGUGCCGUGACAGCGGAUUUCAUCGCAGAACACAAAGAAGACUUUGAAGCCUUUAUGGAAGAGCCCAUCGAUGUCUACACUCGCAAGAUCAAGCUGACUGCUGAAUGGGGCGGCCAAUUGGAGUUACAAGCCAUUGCGAGAGCAUACGGAGUAAACAUCAAUGUUGUGCAGAAGGACGGACGAUUGGAGAAAAUUGAAGCUGGUGAUAUGGACAGUUUUGAUGAAGAGGAGAAGAAGAAACGCGUCGUUUGGCUGGCCUAUUAUCGUCACACCUAUGGCCUGGGCGAGCACUACAAUGCUCUGUUCAAGAAGGAAUGA